AUGCAACUAGCUCUACAAGCAAAGAUCGACUGCAGCAGCUGCAGCAGCAGCAGCACAGCCGCUGCUGCUGCUGCUGCUGCUGCUGCUCUUGAGGUUGGGGCUGAGUGUUCCUAUGGGUUUAUGACAAUGCCGUACCCUUCACGGCCUGCAGAGGCACACAGGCCUCUUUCUUUAUUAGGUAGAUUUCCUCACCCUGUUGGGGUAUAUGGACAGCAUCCUCCUGCAAUAGUUACACAAGUUGAUUCCUUCGAGUCCGCUACUGCUCAUCGCCUACGCGUGUUACACUUUUUGGAUGAGAAGUUUGGACUCGAUUCUUCUACAAACCCUUCGGUGCUGCGGGCUGCAUCAUCGACCCCAGCAGCAGCAGCAGUAGCAGCAGGAAAUGACGCAGGAGCAGGAGCAAAGCCCCUGUAUAUACAGCUGGAAGAAAUGCUGCAGGAGGGAGGACUUAUGCUGCCUCUUGCUGCAGCAGCAACAGCAACAGAGCAGCAACGAAGAGAAGUAGCAGAAAGGGAUGCAAUGUCUCACUUCGCUCUCCGUGUCGCAUUCAGCAGAGAUCGCGACAAGCAACGAUGGUUAGUGCUGCAGGAGUCUCGUCUAUUCAUGUACCGAUUCGAUAGACUCUGUGCAUUUCGUGGUCUAGAGGAUGGAUCGCAGAGUUUGCUGUCCAAUUUCCUGCAGCAAGAAGGCCUUAAUUAUGCAUGCAUUCAACGCCCACGAGACCCUGUCGCGGGUUCAGCAUUGGAUAAGUUAUGGAAAACAGCCACGGGCUUCUUUAGGGCAAACCUUGCUCAACAAGUUCAACAUUUAUACCUCGUCCCUUGCUUCCCUGAUGCCGGCCCGCUGGUCAGGAACCGUCGAGUGUAUAUUCAAAAUAUGAUGGCUUACGUGCCUGAAUUCGAGCUGGGUACUGUUAUCUGCGGAAGGCUACGAACUGCCAUGAACAAUUCCUUUGAGUUGCUUGAAGGACGUCAAGCUACUCUGCAGAACACCAUCCUUUCGGACUCGCGAGUAGGGAAGCUACUAAGCGCUGCGCCAAAUGUCUACCUGGGACGAGACUUCAACAACAACGCCGUCAAGAGUACAGAAGAACGGCUGACACCCCAAUUGAUAAAACAAGUAUUCAAGGACUCCUUUCCUCCUUGCAUGCGCCGCCUAUAUGAGAGCUACCUGGCGGAGCACCAUCUACGUCACGGCGGCCGCAUGCAGUUGUGGCUCUUCUUCAAGGGAGCGGGAAUGACCCUCGAAGAAAAUCUUCAAUUCAAUAGACAGAUGUGGCGAGAGCCACAAAAGUUUGAGAAAGAGCAUGCAUACAAUAUUAGACAUAUGUACGGUCUUGAGGGGAAAAGAGCGAAUUAUGCGCCAUUAAGAUGUGAUGAUGUGGGUAACCACCCCAAUGCAUUCUUUGCUGCUUCGCGGCGAUUCUCUGCAGCAACAGCAGCAGGAGGUCCUGCUGCUGCUGCUGCUGCUGCUGAGAAAGCAAAGCAGGCUGCCGCAGCAGAAGAGGCGGGCACACAAGACACUGAAAUGCUUCCUUAG